AUGGCCAGCAAUACGAUAACCACGAACCAGCUUCAGAAUCCGGACACGGAUGGCUAUCCCGCAAAGGUACCCAUCACGUAUUACCCUUUGGAUACGCAAAAGGCUUUCAAGUACAACGAGAAUCGGGUCAAGAACAAAUCGUACGCCAAGUACUACAACCGCGAACUGUACAUCUACGCCGACAUCCCGCAGCACAUCCGCGAGCCGAUGCCGGCGGAAGGCGUACUACCGAUCACGGAUUCCCGCCGCCUGCUCGACCCCGGCUAUCAUCCUCACGAGAACGGCUGGGUCGCCCUCCCGGACGGGACCGCCUAUGUCACCUCGCGUACCCGUUUCCCGGGAUCGACAGGAGACAUGGUCCGUUGGUGGUUUUGGUGGCACAGCGUCGAGCCCGAGCGCUACGCCCUCUGGUACCCCUACGACCAUCUCAGCGUCCGGUCGUCGUACGCGGACCGCCUACACCGCACUGACUUGUCCCACACGCAAAAAUGGCUUGGUUCCACGCACCGCGUCACGGAGUUCAUCGGCGCGACCAAGAUGGCCGUCCACAUCCGCUUCGUAGACCCUGCCCACUACGGCUUGCCGUGGGAAGAGCUCAAGGCGGCCGGCUACGAGGCUGCCGUCUGCGCAGAGCUGCACGACGGCCUGGUGUCGAACUUGAAGAUUGGGGACUUCUUACACCUCUGGCGGAAGACUGAGGAUGGGCUUGAGCUGCGAAGCCGGUAUUGGCUUGGCGGGGGCGUCCAUUACAAACUCCUCGGCAUGAGGGUCGGGAUCGACUAUCUUGCAGGUGCGCUGGGGUUCAAGCACCGUUUGUGCGGGGAGAAGGUUGCCUAUGAGCACUUCAUACAUGAUCAGACCGAGUUUACCAACCUGGCUGGUUUCCUACCGAGCCUCUAUGCAGAUUACCUGGCUGGAAAUCUUUGA